GCGCACUUCAGGAUAUUGCGCGAGGUUGGGCACGCUAGUUGAAGUCGUAAAGUGCUAGGGUUUUAUCGUUGAGUCUCAAAUGUCUGAUUACGCUGCAUUUCAAACGUUGUUGUUACAACUUCAGAGCUCGGAUAACGAAUCUCGUACACGUUCUGAGACGGCGUACGAUUCCAUUACACCAACAACUCGAUUCACUCUUCUCCUCCAAGUGUUAAACGACAAAAGCAUUGUAUCUCAGUCUCGACAUAUGGCUGCGAUUCUUGCACGCCGGCUACUAGUCAAUGAUUAUGGUUCAGCAUUCGAGCCUCUUCCAGUCGAAACAAAAAAUUCAGCUAAGCAACAGCUAGUUUUAAUUUUAGUUCAUGAAAGAGAACAAUUAAUGCGCAGGAAAGUAGCUGAUCUGAUCUCCGAACUGGUUCGAAUGCAAUUCGAUGAUGAUGGUAAUUCUGAGUGGCCAGAAUUCACUUCCAUUUUGCUUGAAUGGUCGAAUUCACCUGAUUCCGGGUUACGCGAAAUCGCCUGCCACAUUUUUGGAUCAGUCCCAUCACUAUUUGGAAACCAACAGGCACAAAGCAUAGGGAUUAUUGGUCAGUUUCUGGUCAGGGCUAUUUCUGACCCGUCAAGUUCAGAGCUUCGAGCUGCAGGGUUACGUGCCUUAGCUGCCUUUACUGUUCAAAAUGCAACUGAAGACUCUGUACUUCAAUCUCUCCGAGAAUUGGUUCCCGUUGCACUACAGGCUAUCGCUACUGCUAUCCAAACAGAUUCAGAAGAUGAUACACCUCUAAAAGCUUUAGUUGACAUUGCAGAUGCUGCGCAUAAAUACUUAAGACCUUAUCUAGCGCCUACAUUGGAGUUAUGCUAUAAGAUAUUGUGUAACGAAGAGCUUGAGGAAACACAAAGACAUUUAGCCUUGGAAGUGAUUGUUACACUAGCAGAAAAUAUACCAGCAGGUGUACGAAAGUCAGCCAGUUUAAUCGAGUCUCUUGUGGGAACAUUGCUCAACAUGAUGUCAGAAGUUGAUGAAGAACCUGACUGGGCUGAUGCUGACACUGCAGAAGAGGAGGACGACAGUAGUAAUGCUCUUACGGCGGAACUUGCGCUUGACAGGUUAUCAUGUGCUGUAGGUGGUCAACAUAUCUUAAAUGAAAUUCGUCGAUCUGUUCCAAAUAUGCUGCAACACGCUGACUGGAAGCGACGGUAUGCCGGAUUAAUGGCGAUUUCCGCAUGCAGUGAAGGGAGCAGCAAACAAAUGGAGACUAUGCUUGGUUCUAUAUUAGAUGCCGUCCUCCCUCGUCUUAGUGAUCCGCAUCCACGUGUUCGAUAUGCAGCUUGCAAUUCUGUUGGACAAAUGGCAACGGAUUUUGGUCCAAAACUACAGAAAACUCAUCACAGUACUGUGCUCCCAGCAUUAGUUCAAACACUUAACGAUACAGUGCCUAGAGUACAAGCCAAUGCUGGGGCUGCUCUAGUCAAUUUUUGUGAGAAAGUGCCACAGCACAUUUUGGUAAAUUACUUAGAUGAUCUGGUCUCCAAACUCGAACAAAUCAUGAAUUCCAAGUUUCAGGAGAUGGUGGAGCAUGGUCGCAAGUUAGUGCUCAUGCAAAUAGUAACAACUGUGGCAUCUGUUGCUGAUGCAGCUGAAAAGAAGUUCUUACCGUAUUAUGAUCGUUUUAUGCCAGUUCUAAAAUAUAUAAUGGAAAAUGCUAUACAUAAAGAUUUACGUCUAUUGCGUGGUAAAACUAUUGAGUGUAUAAGUCUUAUUGGAUUGGCUGUUGGAAAAGAAAAGUUUAUUCAGGAUGUUGGUCCAGUAAUGAAUCUAUUACUUCAAACUCAAACUCAACCGGACUCUGAAUCAUCAGAUGAAGAUGAUCCUCAAGCUUCUUAUAUGAUUAGCGCUUGGGCACGAAUCUGCAAGCUAUUGGGUCGUGAUUUCGAAAGUUAUCUUCCUGUUGUUAUGCCACAAGUAUUACGCUCUGCCUGUGUAAAACCUGAGAUUUGUAUCCUCGACAAUGACGAAGCAGACGAUGUAGAAUCGGAUGUUGAUUGGCAAGUUGUCAAAUUGGGAGAGGAUCGUAAUUAUGCAAUUCGUACAAGUGGACUAGAAGACAAAGCAACAGCUUGUCAGAUGCUAGUUUGUUAUGCACGUGAAAUGAAGGAGAGUUUUGCUCCUUAUUGUCAACAAGUUUUGGAUAUUAUGGUCCCGUUGCUUGACUUCUAUUUUAAUGAUGAAGUUCGUAGUGCUGCUGCUGAAUGCUUACCUUUUCUUCUUAGUAGUAUGAAGGUUAAGCAACCAGAAUUGGUAAAAGCUGCCUGGGAACGUGUACACAAAAGUCUUAUACGAGCAGUAACCAACGAACCUGAACGUGAUGUUGUAGCAGAUCAUUUACAAGCACUUGCGAAUUCUAUCGAAGCAGUUGGAAAGACUUACGUGACCAGUGAUCAAUUAGCUGAAAUUCGAAAUCUGUUAGAUCAUUUGUUCCAUGAACAUUUUGAAAAAAGUGACGAACGUCUUGCACAACGACAGAAUGAAGAUUAUGAUGAAUUUGAAGAAGAGCGCCUGUUAAGUGAAAAAGAUGAAGAUGAAUACGUUUUAUCAAAAAUGUGUGAUAUUGUUCAUUCCAUUUUUGCUGCUUUUGGUGUUGAAGCACUUCCUUUCUUUCAACAACUUAUGGUAUUCUGUGUCAAACUCCUGGAACAAAAUCGUCCUUGGUCAGAUUUGCAGUGGGGCAUCUGUUUAUGGGAUGAGGUAAUUGAAUUCACUGGAACACAGAGUUGGCAAUUUCAUCAAUUCUUCUUGCCUACGUUUGUCCAAGCUGUACAUCACCAGCAGCCAGAUGUUCGUCAAGCUGUUGUUUAUGGGAUCGGUGUAGCUGCUAUAAAAGGCGGUCCUGAGUAUAAUCAAAUAUUGUCUGAUUUUGUUGGACCACUUAUACAGCUAAUUGAAGCCCCAGAUUCAAAGUCUGAAGAAAACAAUUUAUGCACCGAAAACGCAAUUAGCGCUAUCACAAAGAUUAUGAAAUAUCGACCUGAAUGUUUACCUCCGGCACUAGGAGGUAUUGACGCUUUGAUCGUUCGAUGGUUAGGUUGGCUUCCUAUAUGUGAUGAUACUGUAGAGACUGAACAUGUAUACGGCUAUCUGUGUGAUCUUAUUGAAGCCAACAAUCCUGUUGUAAUUGGGCCGGAUAAUUCCAACCUACCCCGUAUCGUUCGUGCUAUCGCUGAAUCUAUGUCUACUGGCGGCUUGUCUGACACAAACGCUGAAGAAAAUCGAUCGAAAUUGGAAACGGUUAAUCAAUCUAGUGGUUUCAAUCAGCAAAACGGUUUGGAAAAACCUUCCGCUUAUCAACGAUGCGUAUCCAUACUGCGCCACAUACAAGUAAGCCACUGUAGUUUAAUUCAUAUUUUCUAAACAUGAGUUCAUGCUAAUAACUAAGAUAAUAAAAGUUUCAAGAUCAACCCACCCAGCUUAGAAGGCGUGAUUUCAUCAAUAAACAUGUUUUCACCUUCCCACUAAGUAUAUCUCACACAUUAUGCAUACAGAAUUACUGUUUGUUAGGCAGCUAUUCUUCAGAAAUGUUUGUGAAUAUUAAGGAUUAAAAGAGAAAAAAUCCCUAAACUGUCUUUUACUUUUGGACUAGUUUGUUACUCUAUGAUCUGUAUAGAUCUUUCAUUUUGACCAUAAAAACUAAGACAUCUUUCUUGUCUCGUUUUAUCGAAUUCACCUAUGCUCCUCCACGAGAAGUAACAGUCGUAAACAAGUACAUAAGUAAAAAAAUCUUUAUAGAGAUCCGAACCGUUUCAGCAUUUAUCAAUAUUCAUAAUGUUUUAAAUUAUUCAUUAACACUGUAUUAUCAUGAAGUAUCAAACAAUUCACUGUGUUACUACGGAGUCAGUUCAUUUAGGGUUAAAUAUAUUAUUUCAGUAAAAAAUUUAGCCUAAGAUACAACUCCAAUAGAUCAAUGACAAUUGAACAAUCAAAGGUGAAAAAACUAAGGAGUGAGCAAGUUUUACUCCCAUUGAUUUCGAACUCUUUCAUACAAUGUCUUUAGAAUUUCUUUUUUUUAAACUCUAAUCAGAGAAAAUUUUGUAGUUCACCUUCCACUCAGCGUGACAAUCAUUUCAUAAUUCUUGUAUUCUGUUUAUACUAUAUUUCGUUAAGAAGUAACUGAUUAUUAUAGUUUUCUUUAUAGAAUCGUAUUUUCAACAAUUAGAAUGAUGAAUGUUUCAGUUCAAGUUGAAGACUAAUAAUCUACUGUCGAAUAAGAUUUUUUAUUGUAACUAUCCACUUGUAAAUAUGUUACAGGUAAAAGGGAAGCAUUGAUCUCUCUCAAUAUUAUAAAUGAAAAAUGUUUAAACCCCAUUUUAUUUUUAAAUUUUAGUCUCCUUAGACCUAAUAAAAUUUCCUUCACGCAAAUAUCGUUUGUUUUAUUUCUUUUCUUUUAGUCCAAUUCAUCUUUGGUAGAGGUUUGUGUAAGUCAAUUAAAUGAAGAACAACGUAAAGCUCUUGGAAUUGCUCUAAUGGGUCAUUAAUAUGAAUAAAAUAAACCAUUUCAUAAAAUUAAUUUUAUGCCUAUUCUGAUUGUUUAUAGACAUGGAUAAAGUUAAUUUAUCAUUCUAAUUCAUAUCUUGACUAUUUCCCUCUUUAUAGAAGUAUACUAUAUUACUUUAUCAAUGUUUUGUAGAUCUUGUAAAUUAUUCCAAAAAGUGUAGAAUAAGCACUUCCUAUUUGAAAAUGUAUUUUUUUCUUCUAUCUGCAUGGAUAUUUCAGUUUUUUGUUUACUUUGUUAUGGUCUUCUAUCAACUAAACUGUAUGCGUACCACCGUAUAGUUUUUUUUCCUUUUUUUAAUUAAACCAAUCAGAUUCAAAUUAUGACAUUGUUUGACGCUUAAUAUGUAUCGUAUAUGUUCAUAUAUGUAUUGGUAUCUGUUUCAGUGUUUUCUGAAUAACUAUUCUCAUGUGCUUUCCUCAUAUAUAUUUUCCCUCAGAUCAGGAUGAUAAUUGUAACAUAUGUGGUUUAAUUUAACUAACCGUUUUCAUUUCGGCCAGUACUUCAAUAUUCAUCAUGUAUGUUUUGAUCUGAUGCUGUCGGUCAUAAAUAAAGCAAGCUUAGUUGGUUGGUAAUUCAUCGCUUUUGUUGUUACUUC